AUCCAAUUGAAAUCUCAUUCCUCUUUCCUUUUUCUCUUUCUCUCAAAGCGCGACGACCAAAGGGCUGAGGAAGUCGGAUGAUAUAUCGAAAAUGACAUCAUGUUGGCCUGAUAUAGCCCAUUCUCCGUAGAUGACAAAACAGGAGCUCGCGAAUGGGCGAUUUCCUAAAUCUUCAGCCUCUCACCCCUGGCGUCGUCGACAUCCCUGACGUCCCCGGUCAGCCCAGAACUGAGAAAGCGCCCGACGGGAUGGUUCGAUGGUCCCACACGAUGUCAUGCCAUCAUCGCUUCAUUCCUGUAGCACAACUUGACUCUCUACAUCAUUGUACAUCUAUAUAAAACUCAAUUCUACAGUAGGUAAUAUUUCUAGUACGUUAGAAUGCCAAUUAAAAAUUAUCCAUUAUUAAAUACCAUCUCUUCAAGCUCAGCUUCAAUACCUGGUAGGAGUUCAUUUGGCACGUACAGUUAGACUCACGAUGGGACCCUCAGCACGACCUAGACAACAUAUUGAUCGAAAAGAUCUAUACACGAACCUCGAGGCCCGCAUUCAAUAUCUUCACUCCUUCAUCGACUUCAGUUCAAAUGACAUCGAGGCUUUGAUAACAGGGUCAAAAUACAUAAAGCAACUUAUCCCUGCCAUCGUCAACAUUGUCUAUCAAAAGUUGUUGCAAUAUGACAUCACAGCACGGGCCCUGGAAACUAGGAGCACGAGCUACGACGGUCCCGUAGACGCGAACCUCAACGAGAAUAGUCCCCAGAUCCUCCAUCGCAAGAUGUUCCUACGGGCAUACCUAGCCAAGCUGUGCUCCGACCCCAGCACUCUGGAGUUCUGGGAGUAUCUAGAUAAAGUCGGCAUGAUGCAUACCGGACGUGGGCGCGAGCAUCCCCUCCACGUGGAGUACGUACACAUCGGCGCAUGUCUCGCCUUCAUCCAGGACACCCUUACAGAAGCACUUCUCUCGCAUCCCCGGUUGCGGAUGGAUAAGAAGAUCGCCUUGGUCAAGGCUAUCGGCAAGGUCAUCUGGGUUCAAAACGACCUAUUCGCGAAGUGGUACGUCCGCGAUGGCGACGAAUAUGCCGACGAAAUGGAGAGGCAGCAGGUAGAGCCGGAGGGAUUCCUGCAUGGAAAGAAGAUAUUGGAAGAUAUCGAGGAAGGGCUCCCUUCGUCGCCAACGUGCCCCUUCUCGGGACUGUCUGCCGCAGAGAAAGCGGACGCCUGCACCGGAUGCGGUGAUAAGGAAGAGAAGGAGAACGGCUGCACAUCAUCGUUGCCCAUCCGAUCCCAUAUAGAAACAAGCUAAGGUUAAAACGAUUUCGGGCUGAGGGAUGUGAGAAUCCUUUAUACUAAGGACAUAGCCCCCUUCGACGGGCCUUAGCGAGGCAUAAUGACAACCCCACAGUGCUAGGGUUGAAAGAAUCUGUAUUUACCUUAUUCAAAUAUGUGAACUCUAGGGCAUGGUUAGGAGCGGUGUUGGGGUAUGAUGCAUUCAAAGGAGUUACUAGGGCCAUGUGGGAGUUACAUACAAUGUACAUUCACAUUGGAUUAGACACAAAAAAAUGAUAUUAGGUAAUCCAUGCCUGGCCAAGACACAUGCAGGUCAUGGCUAGUGGGGUUAUACCCUGAGUUUACGAAGGGAUAUUGUGGAUCUAAACUUCUAGGCUCCUAGCAAAAUUCCUUAUCAAAAAUUUCCUAUCGCGGUAAUCCCUUAAAGUCCGGCCUUAAAGUUGUGUGACACCGAUAGCUCCAGGAAAGCGUGGCCGUUGAUUGGGUGCAGGGCCAGGAAUAAUGGGUCGAAAAGGGUGAUUAAUAA